UCUUGACUUCCCAAUGCCGAAAGAUACACUCCACUUGUUCUCUCUCUUCCUCUUUUCAUUUCAUCUCUCUCCUUUUCCUUCUCUCCUUGAGGUGAGGUGGUGGAGGAAUGCUUGUCACCCUGCACUGUUUUAGCUCCCUCUCUUCUUCAACACUUCCCUUCUCCUCGUCCUCUGUGAAGAAGAAGAGCUUCCCAGUUUAGGUUGAUCUCCGGUGCUCCUCUACUGUUUGCUUCGAUGGACGGGCGCACUUGCAACGUCUGCUUCCGCCGCUUCUCCGACGGCUACGCUCUUGGCCGUCACAUGCGCUCUCACGUCACCUCCACAGCCCCUCGGUCGAGGUCGUGCCGCCCUGGAGAUUCCCACUCCUCCGUCUCCUCUGGUCAUGCUGCGUCGGAGCGCGACGUGGAAGAGGAGAAGGCGGUGGAGGUGGGACUCUCUUGUGGCCUCCGCGUGAACCUCCGGAAGAACUUCCGGCUCGUGGACUCAGUGUUCUCCUCUUCCUCCUCUUCUUCCUUCGCCGCCGACGAGCCAGCUGGCCCCUGCGUCGUCGUUCCAGACUCGGAGAGCGAGACGGAGUCACCCCGCGCCCGUCGCCUCCGAACGAAGAAGCGCCGCCUCGGGGCCACUGCCCUUUCGCCGGAUCAACCGGAUGCGGAGCCGGCGAGCUCCGUUUCGUACGCGACCCCCGACGAGGACGUCGCCCUCUGCCUGAUGAUGCUCUCCCGCGACUCCUGGGCCGCCGCCCGAUCGCGGCCCCCGCUCCGGAGGGGAAGGAGUCGGCACCAGUGCGACGCGUGCAAGAAGGUGUUCCGGUCGUACCAAGCGCUCGGUGGCCACCGGGCGAGCCACAAGAGAAUAAACGGCUGUGUCCCGGCCGUGGAACGCCGAGUCGCCAGCUCGGCCGACGGCGUCGACACCAACGCCGAUGCCAGAGUCUACGAGUGCCCCUUUUGCUUCAGAGUCUUCAGCUCCGGCCAAGCUCUCGGCGGCCACAAGAGGUCGCACUUUAUGUCCUCCGUCACCAACAAAUCGCCGUCGAGCACCUCCCCUGUCCCCGCCGUCACCAACUACGUCCGCAGCUUCGGCCUUAUCGACCUUAACCUGCCGGCGCCAGCGGUCGACGACCUUGAGCUGUCCGCCAUUUCCGAUACUGAAGUUCCUUUCCCUACCUCAACGUGUGGCAAGCAUGCAAUCUAAGCACUCUCUCUCUCUACCCACAGCACAAAGAGAGAGCAAACUAAGCCUAAAGACACAGAAACACAAAAAGGGUCGAAGUUUUGAGAUAAACUAAGAAGCUUCAACUCCUCCUCUUCCAGUCUAACACUGGAUAAAGCUGGUGAUUUGAUUAUGUUGUUGAUAUUGCCCUCAAACAGGGGAGGAAUGCGGAAGCUUUUCUUCACCCUUUCCCUUCUUCGAGCUCUCAUCCUUUCGCGAAGCUUUCUCUGCGGGUUACAACUGGUCUGGGCUGCGCGAAGAGCGGCUUCGAUCGAAGUGCGCGGUUCGGUUUGGGUCCAAUUGCACACUUUGUAGGCGGUUCGAACCGGAACAAGAAGAAAUUGAACCGGGUCCCGCAGAAGCUAUUUGGUGGAGCAUUGGAAACUCUUGCUAUAUCAAAGAAAACACCUACCCGUCGUUGCCAGUUUCCAUGGCAUGUUUUUGCUUCUCGCAACAAAAGCAUCGAACUGUUUUAUAUUUCCUGCAGAUGCUUCUACCACAAUUACGUGAGCGAUUAAAGGACUGCUUGGAGUGUACAUGAUGCGCGUGAGGGUGGCAAAGGAAUAAAGUAGGAGGGCGAGAAGAAUAACAUGUAUCAUGAGAUAGGUUGGCUGUUGUCGACUGGGGCAGAGGGAGAGAGAGAGAGAGAGAGAGAGAGAGAGAGAGUUGAGUGUGGGGUUGCGGGCUUUCCACUCUUCACACAACUUUCAAGCGAGCAUUGGAAUGGCCAAAGGAACAACUCAAAUAGCUGCUCACUGCUGCAGGUUACUGGCUCAGCUCCUUUUCUUCCUUUCUUCCAGUCUCACUUGCACUGGGAAUCUCAAUCGUAACAGCAUAAGAUGAAUCUCUACUUGCAGGGAUAAAACAAGAUGAUCUGAACAAUAUAAC